AUGACGGCACGCGAUGCCCCGCCAAAGGGGGCGCUCGACGCAGAGUCCCACCCGCAGAGCACAGCAUCGGGCACAAACACACACGGAACCCUCAACCAGCAUCCCUCGCCCCACCUGGGCUCCGACGCCGCUUCGUCCGGCUUCAACAGUGCUUCGGGCCACACCGCCGUCCCCUUCCGCGUCGGCGUCUCCGAGAUCCAGAACAAGCGGUGGCGCCGCACCAUGGAGGAUUCGCACGCCUUUGUCUACGACUUUGGCGGCGUCUACGGCCAGGGCUUCUUUGGCGUAUUCGACGGCCACGCGGGCAAGCACGCCGCAGAGUGGUGCGGCGCCCACUUCCACGAGUACCUCAUCCACACCCUCCGCAACCACCCAGACCAGCCCGUACCCGACCUCCUCAACCUCACCUUCCACGCCGUCGACAAGCAGCUCUCCCAGAACGCAAAACAGGAGGGCACCGCCAGCGGAUGCACCGCCGUCACCGCCCUCCUCCGCCUCGAGGACGAGCACGGCAAACCCAUGGUGUCCCCACAGACGGGCGGCAUCGUCUCGGGCGACGACGCCGCAGCCAUCCAGCACCAAAAGACCUCGACCGGCGGAGCGGCAGAGGGUGCGUCGACUGCCACGGCGACCUCGAGAGACUCCGACGACGAAGAUGGCGCAAAGGAAAAGCAGAAGGGAGGAGCAGGAGGAGCAGGCGGCGGCGGCGGACUGCUGAGCGGACUGGCCAAGAAGAUGAAGGCGAGCACCGGGUCGGUCUCGGCCGACUCGACCAACAGCGGCGGCAGCAACAGCGGCGAGCCCGACGACGGCCUGGUCAGGGUUCAGAGCUCAAAGGCCAGAAGGGUUCUCUAUACCGCCAACGUGGGAGACGCCCGGGCGGUGCUGUGUCGAGGUGGCAAGGCGAUCCGCCUCACGUACGACCACAAGGGAUCCGACGCCCAGGAGGCCAAGCGCAUCACGGAUGCCGGCGGCUUUGUGAUGAACAACCGCGUCAAUGGCGUGCUGGCGGUGACGCGAUCGCUGGGCGACUCUGCCAUGAAGGAGUUUGUCGUCGGCUCGCCCUACACGACCGAGACCUGCCUGGGCGACGACGACCUCUUCCUCAUCGUCGCAUGCGACGGCCUGUGGGACGUGACAGACGACCAGGAGGCCGUCGACCUCGUCAUCGACGAGCCGGACCCCGUAAAGGCCUCCAAGAUCCUCCUCGACCACGCCCUCGACAAUUUUUCAACCGACAACACCUCCGUCAUGGUCAUCCGCUUCCUGCCGCCCAACAGCAGCGCCGCCUGA